AUUUAACAAUUGAGAAGUGCAUUGGUUUGAAUUUCCUUUUCGUUUGUUAUUGCUCCAACCAUCACAAUGCCCAGCCACCACCAUCGCUCAACUCCGCUGCUAUCCUCCGCCACGUCAGCCGCCUCCUCUUCCUCUCAGUCAUUCCUCUCUAAACUUCUGCUUCUCCUAACACUCAUCUCUCUGUCUUUAGCUGCGUUUGCCUUCGUUCUACAGUGGCGCGGAGGGGGUGAAUCCGAUCCCACCAUCGCCACAUCUGGCGCCUAUUCCCGAUGGGCACCACGGGGAUCCCACCACGAGGUCUUCCCUGGCAUGGAGACUUUCUCAUCGCUCUCCACCAAAUCGCAUUCUUCUUCUGAUUGCAUCAAUCUUGGUCGUGGCUCUUCUCCUUCUCUCCCUUACUACGGAGACUGGAAAUUUGGUUUUGAAGCUAAUUUAAGGCCCAAGAGGUUGUUUAUAACACUCAGCUGGGUUACAACAAGUACAUCAGCUGGGUUGGAACAGAUUUUACCAUGGAUGUUUUAUCAUAAGGUUAUUGGAGUCGCUACCUUUUUCCUCUUUGUGGAAGGGCACGCGGCAUCUCCAAACGUUUCUAAAGUUUUGGAAUCUAUUUCGGGAGUGAAAGUUAUAUACAGAACAAGAGAGCUUGAAGAGCGGCAGGCUAAAAGCCGGAUCUGGAAUGAAACAUGGUUGUCAAGUUUCUUUUACAAACCUUGCAAUUAUGAGCUAUUUGUAAAGCAAUCUCUUAAUAUGGAAAUGGCCAUUGUCAUGGCAAGGGAUGCUGGAAUGGACUGGAUACUUCAUCUUGAUACUGAUGAGCUAAUACACCCAGCUGGUGCACGUGAAUAUUCUUUGAGGCAGUUGCUACUUGAUGUACCUAACAACGUCGAUAUGGUCAUAUUUCCCAACUAUGAGAGCAGUGUUGAACGGGAUGAUAUCAAGGAUCCUUUUACCGAGGUGUCAAUGUUCAAGAAGAACUAUGAUCAUUUACCAAAGGAGACCUACUUUGGAAUGUAUAAAGAAUCAACUCGUGGUAAUCCAAAUUAUUUCUUGACUUAUGGGAAUGGAAAAGCAGCUGCCCGUAUUCAGGAUCAUCUUCGUCCUAAUGGUGCUCACAGAUGGCACAAUUAUAUGAAAACACCAAAUGAAAUCAAAUUGGAGGAGGCUGCUGUUCUACACUACACUUAUGCCAAAUUAUCAGAUCUAACAUCUAGACGUGACCGGUGUGGCUGCAAGCCUACCAAGGAAGAUGUCAAAAGAUGCUUCAUGUUGGAAUUUGAUAGAGCUGCAUUUAUAAUUGCUUCAACUGCAAAAGAUGAAGAGAUGCUUAACUGGUAUCGUGAACAUGUUGUGUGGGGUGACAAAGACCUAAGGCUUAAACUCCUGAGAAAGGGUAUUUUAACUCGCAUAUACACUCCAACGGCUAUAAUACAAGGUUUAAGAGAGUCCGGCAUAUUCAGCUCCGUUAUUGCAAAUGCCCCCGGCAUAUUCAGCUCCGUUAUUGCAAAUGCCCCUAGUACUAUUUCAAAGGACAAGUUUUUAGCGUCCAUUGAGAGUAGUAACACAUCUAGAGUCAUUUCCCCGACCUCUCACACUUCAAGAAAGAUUGGGAGAAACAGACAGCAUCAACCAUCUGUUAGGAAGAUGCUGGGAAUUGAAGCUAGUGCAGCUCAUGAGGAAGCAGCUGUUCCGCCAUUGUCGCCCCCUGCAUGGACAAUGAUGACAUUGAAGCAAUGAUGGCAUGGCUGAUCUGUGUGCUUCUUAAUGAUCUCCUAUUCGGACUGUUUUUCAUUUCUUUUGCUUCGAACACAUGGAGUCACAAAACAAGUGAAAGAGCCGGUAUGC